AUGUCAAGUAUUUGUCUUGGGACCCUGUCUCCACCGGUUGAUAAAAAAUCACAGAAAGGGGUGAAACCCCAAGAAGGAUCUCGAAAAAACAAUGUUUUGGAUCGUAAAUUAGUUGUUGAAACUCCAUAUGUAAAAGAUGUUCUUAAAUAUCAUGCUACUUAUCAUCAAGAUACAUCGCUGCGAAAUUUUAAGAAUACUGUCUUGGGUUAUGUUACUCCAUGGAACAGUAGAGGAUAUGAUGUAGCAAAAACAUGGGCUUCCAAGUUUAACUAUGUCUCUCCAGUCUGGCUGCAAGUAAAGCGGCAAAGCCCUAAUAUUUAUAUUAUUUCUGGAUUACAUGAUGUGGAUAAUGCAUGGAUGAAAUCAGUGAAACAAAAAGGCUUGGCAAAUAAUUUAAGAAUUGUGCCAAGGCUGCUAUUUGAAAAUUGGCAGCCAGCUGACUUGAAAGCAUUCUUCAUGGAGCCAACAUCUAUGACAGAACAAAAGGCAUUAAUUGAAGAAGUAAAGAAAGCUUGCAAGUUGUGGAAAUUUAAUGGGAUCGUUUUAGAGAUUCUAUCCCAAAUCGGAAAGUAUAUAGAUAAGUCAGUCAAGUUUGUUCAACAAUUCGGUUUGGAAAUGACUGAAGAUGAUCUUAGUUUAAUUCUAGUCUACCCUCCCUUUAGAGGUUAUCCAAGUGAUGAAUUUUUUAUUCAAGCUUUCAAUGAAAUUUAUCCCUAUGUUGACGCAGUUUCUGUUAUGACAUAUGAUUUUUCAAAUCCACAGAAACCUGGCCCUAAUGCACCACUAUAUUGGAUUAGAUUAUGCAUGGAAAAGUUAAUAGACAAUGAAGAAAAUCCCACAAAAAGAUCGAAAAUCCUAUUAGGCUUGAAUUUCUAUGGUAACUCUUAUACUGCUAAUGGAGGAGGCCCCAUUGUAGGGAUGGAAUACAUUGAAUUACUGAAAAAUGCUAAAGCAAAUCAAGUUUUAUCAUAUAACAACAAUACUGCUGAAAAUUAUGUUGAAAUUAGGACAUCACAGGGUACAAAGAAGAUAUUUUUCCCCACAUUAUACUCUAUUCAGAAGAGACUGGACCUAGCGCGGGAGUAUGGGACAGGAGUUGCCAUAUGGGAACUAGGACAAGGCUUAGAUUACUUUUAUGAUUUACUU